GGCGGGUGCGGCGGGGCCCGGCGAGGUGAAGAGGGAGCAGCGGCGGUAGUAGGGCAGCGGCAGCCGGCGGGCCGGCCAUGGUGGGCCUCAAGGAGGAGCUGCUGAAGUCCAUCUGGCACGCCUUCACCGCACUCGACCUCGACCGCAGCGGGAAAGUCUCCAAGUCUCAGCUGAAGGUCCUUUCUCACAACUUGUGCACAGUAUUAAAUGUUCCCCAUGAUCCAGUGGCCUUGGAAGAGCACUUUAGGGAUGAUGAUGAAGGACCAGUUUCCAAUCAGGGUUACAUGCCUUAUCUAAACAAAUUCAUCUUGGAAAAGGUUCAAGGAAACUUUGACAAAGUUGAAUUCAACAGGAUGUGCUGGACUCUCUGUGCUAAAAAGAACCUUUCUAAAAGUCCUUCACUGCUAAGUGAUGAAGAUGCAUUUAAAGUGUGGGUUAUUUUUAACUUCUUAUCGGAGGACAAAUACCCUUUAAUCAUUGUUCCUGAGGAGAUUGAGUAUUUACUUAAAAAACUCACCGAAGCAAUGGGAGCAGGCUGGCAGCAAGAGCAGUUUGACCAUUAUAAGAUUGCUCUUAACACCAGUCGAGAAGGACUUUCUGCAUGGGAGCUGAUUGAUCUCAUUGGAAGUGGGCAGUUUAGUAAAGGCAUGGACCAACAGACAGUGUCCAUGGCAAUCAAUGAAGUUUUUAAUGAGCUCAUAUUAGAUGUACUCAAACAGGGUUAUAUGCUGAAAAAAGGUCAUAAAAGGAAAAAUUGGACAGAACGAUGGUUUGUGCUAAAACCCAACAUUAUUUCCUACUAUGUAAGCGAAGAUUUAAAGGACAAGAAGGGAGACAUCAUACUGGAUGGCAACUGCUGUGUAGAGGCCUUGCCUGACAAAGAUGGAAAGAAAUGCCUCUUUCUCAUAAAAUGUUUUGAUAAAAGCUUUGAGAUCAGUGCCUCUGAUAAAAAGAAGAAGCAGGAGUGGAUUCAAGCCAUACAGACCACUGUAAGCCUGCUGAGGGCAGGGAGCCCUCCGCCCCACAAAGCAGCACGGCAGAAACGAAAAGAACUGCGCCAGAAGCUGUUAGCUGAGCAAGAAGAGCUGGAGAGACAGAUGAAAGAGCUGCAAACGGCCAAUGAGAACAAGCAGAAGGAGCUGGAGACUGUGCGAAAGCAACUGGAAGCAGCAGCUGCUCGUGCCGCUGAGGAAGAGAAGAAAAGACUACAGACUCAGGUGGAAUUACAAGACCGCUUUAGUUUGGAGCUGGAGAGAGAAAAAAUGGUAAGACAAAAAAUGGAAGAGCAGGUUGCACAGAAAUCAUCUGAACUGGAACAGUACUUACAGAGAGUACGUGAACUGGAAGAAAUGUACAAACAGCUACAGGAAGCUUUGGAGGAUGAGAAGCAGGCACGCCAAGAUGAAGAGACUGUAAGGAAACUUCAGGCCAGAUUACUGGAAGAGGAGUCAGCAAAGAGAGCUGAAUUGGAAAAAUGGCACUUGGAGCAGCAACAGACCAUUCAGAUGACAGAAGCAGAGAAGCAAGAGCUAGAAAACCAGAGAAUGAUAAAGGAACAGGCUCUUCAAGUUGCUAUGCAGCAACUAGAACAACUUGAACUGGAAAGGAAGGAGGCCCUUGAGCAAUAUGAGGAGGUUAAGAAGAAGUUGGAAAUGGCAGCUAAUAACACCAAGAGUUGGAAGGAUAAAGUAGCUCAUCAUGAGGGAUUAAUUCGACUAAUAGAGCCAGGCUCCAAGAAUCCUCACUUAAUCACAAACUGGGGCCCGGCGGCCUUCACUGAAGCUGAACUUGAGCAAAGACAAAAGAACUGGAAAGGGGGGAAAAAGGCUGCUUCUGAGUAACAGCAGCAGCUGAUGGAUCGCUCGUGAGAAGCCCACCUUCAUUCACUCUGCUUUGCACAGAGCAGCUUCUUGCUUCUAAAGAUUAGUUUGCUCAGCAGGUUGGGCCUUUCCACAAAGGAAAUACUGUUUGUUACAUAGGAGUGCCUGCUCAGAGGUCAGUAAUUAUAAUGUAUGGUGUCUGAGAAUAAUUGUUGUCCCUCACAUUUCUAGAAAUUCUGUUCUUUUAUACAAAACUUUUCAACUGAAUAUUUUUAUUUAAACGUACGUAGGGAGAGAGUUGCUUCUGUACUAGCCUGUCACAAUCUCACCACAGCUAACCAACACCAAGCAGUGUCACCCUCGUUCCAAAAAGGGAAACAAUUCUGUCAUUUGUGCAGUUAGUGUAAUUUAAGCCCAGGAGGAAAGCGGUCCUGGAGGUUCUGUCCAACACUGAGACAGAGCAUUACCUUUUCU